AUGGCCGAAGUUCAGGCACGGCUGCAAAGCCUGUCUGAAGACUUCACAAAGCUGCAAAAAGACCUACAGGAAUCCGUGCUGUCCAGGCAAAAGUUAGAAGCCCAGAAGCAGGAGAAUCUUGGAGUGCAAAGGGAGUUUGUAAAGCUGAAAGACGAUGAGACGAUAUACAAGCUCAUCGGCCCCAUUCUGCUUAAACAAGACAAAGCGGAUGCCGAGAGCACGGUCAAUGGACGGCUAGAGUUCAUCGGCAAGGAAAUACAGCGGCUGGAGACACAGAUCAAGGAAACCCAAGUCAAGAUCGAGAAGAAGAAGGGCGAGAUUAUCCAGCUCCAGACGAGUGCGCAAGCCGCUAGCGGGCAACAG